AAAGGUGCGAUGCUGUGUGUGUAAUAAUGAGUAGUAUAGUAAAACAAGCGGCUAAAGUGUUUACACAAUUAUAAAUUUCUGAACUGUCUUAAUUUCUGUUCAUUAUUUUCAUUUUGAAAACUGGCUUAUCGUUUCAAAUAGAUCUGAAUCAUUUGCGGCUACUAGAAGACACACAAAAAUGGCAGCUUCACAAGUCACCGAGUAUUAUAAAAAUAAAAAUAUUUUUAUAACUGGAGGAACCGGAUUUUUGGGCAUUGCUAUAAUAGACAAAAUAUUGCGUUCCUGUCCCGAUAUUGGAAAUAUUUACUUGUUGAUGCGGUCGAAGAAAGGCAAAUCGAUUGAGCAACGUUUGGAGGAAUUAACGAAAAAUGAGGUAUUCGAAACGCUGUUGCAAACCUCAUCCGCUGCUAUUUUCAAAAAACUCAUUCCAAUCACAGGCGAUGUGAGCGAAGAAAAUUUGGGAAUAUCGCCGGCUGAUCGCAAAAUUCUCGUCGACAAUGUGAACGUUGUCUUCCAUUCCGCUGCAACAUUGGACUUCAACGAAAGUCUGAAACCAACGGUCACCACAAAUUUGCUGGGAACCAGACGUGUCAUGCAGCUGUGCAACGACAUGCGCAAUUUGAAAUCAAUGGUGCAUGUAUCGAGUGCAUACGUAAACGCAUAUUUGACGGAAUGUGAAGAGAUACUGUAUCCAGCACCGGAAAGUGCAGAGAAGGUGAUCGAUUUGGCGACAUCGUUGACCGAGUCGGCGUUGCUGGAACUGCAGCCGGCACUGCUGAAGGAUCAUCCGAACACCUAUACGUUUACAAAACAUUUGGCCGAACAUGAAGUGAACAAGUAUGCUGCUACCUUCCCCUGCGGCAUUGUUAGACCCAGUAUGAUCACAGCGGCCUGGAAGGAACCGAUUCCCGGAUGGACGAUAUCUAAAAAUGGACCACAGGGAUUUUUAAUGGGCGCAGCAAAGGGUGUUGUUCGUCGUUUGCCUAUUGGCUCUGGGCUUGUCUAUGAUUAUAUUCCCGUUGAUACGGUUGUUAAUCAAAUAUUGGUGACUGGACAGCACGUUUUUGAGAAAAGAAGUGGAGAUUUGACCAUCUUCCACUGUACAUCCAGCACAUGCCGACCAUUUAGAUGGCAAAAUGUUCAGCACAAAGUGAAUGCUCAUCUACACAAAUAUCCGUUGAAGUCAGCCGUUUGGUAUCCUCAUUUGAAGUUUAUGUCCAGUUUAUUGAUGUUCAAAAUAUCGGCAAUUUUCGUCCAUUUCAUACCGGCAUACAUUCUCGACGCAAUUACAAAAUUAGGCGGCGGUCGACCAAUUCUCGUCCGUUUGCACACAAAUGUCUGGAACUCACUGAAUCUGUUGCAAAAGUUCAUCUUUACCGAAUGGAAAUUCCACAACAAGAAUACAAUGAAAUUGAUCGAUUCGAUGUCGCCGGGCGACAAGAUCAAAUUCAACAUCGAUAUACGCACAUUGGAAUGGGAAGAGUAUUUCGUUAGUCUAACCAUGGGUGUCCGGCGCUUUUUGAACAAGGAACCGAACAAGACAUUGGAGGCGGCAAGAGGAAAGGAUACUUUACUGUUGAUUUUGCAUUUACUGUUACAAGCAUUGAUUUAUGGAGGAAUUUGGUGGGCGACAGCCUCUUCGUUGGGAAUGUCAUUUACGAAAACCGGAAUGGUCGUUCCGAUUUCGUAUUUAUUAUUUAGUUUCUUCUAAAUACUUAGCGUUAAGCUGCAACUUGUUGAAUCUCCAGUGCUUAUUGGUAUUGAAUGAAAACUGUAAUCUUCUAUUCUCGAUUUGUUAUGUGAAUUUAUAAUAAAAAAAUAAAAUAAAUUUUUCCAUGGAAAA